AUUUCUUUCUUUUGGAAACGGGUGGAGCAAGGAAAUUCACUGGUUCAUCUUUCUCUCUCUCUUUCUCUCUCAACCUUGCCGUUCCGGAACAAGAGCCUCUCUCUCUCUCUCUCUAUGUCUGACUUUGCAACUCUUAUCGCUUCCUUGCUUGGUUGUUGUAAUCGGAAGUGUGCUGCUUACACCAGAGAGCGAAAUUCAACUGAGUUGAGGAGAUAUAAUUUUGUUGAACUGGCAGACGCAACUCAAAGUUUCUCCAACAAUAAUUUGCUUGGCGUAGGUGGUUUUGGUACAGUCUAUAAGGGAUGUCUAGAUGAUAAAGUCGUUGCUAUCAAGAAACUUAGAUUUGUAAAAGAUGAAGAGCCAGAAGAAGAGCCACAAGAAAUCAAGUACCUUAAAAGAGUGAGUCACCGAAAUCUUGUUAACCUGAUUGGAUACUGCAGUGAUGGCGCUAAUAAAUUGCUUGUUUUAGAGUUUGUUCCCAAUAAAACCUUGAGACAUCAUCUAGAUGGAAAAGGGAACGUUUUAGAAUGGGCAACAAGAAUGAAAAUCGCCGUAAAAUCUGCGUAUGGAUUGCAAUAUCUACAUGAAAAUUGUAAAAUUAUACACCGAGAUGUUAAGUCAGAAAAUAUUCUUCUUGACAAUAAUUUUGAACCAAAGCUUGCAGAUUUUUCGCUCGCCGUGUUUUUGCCAAAUAUUGACAAUGUUGGCCAUAUCACCAGUGUAUUAAGGCGAAAAAAUGUAUAUGCGGAUCCAGAGUAUGCAAAACGAAAAGUAUCUAAGAAAUCAGAUGUUUAUUCCUUUGGCGUUGUGCUUCUGGAGCUAAUUACUGGAAGAAAACCUCUAAGUGAAAGUGAUAGUAUUGUCACUUGGGCAAAAUCUCGAAUUGAAGAAGUACUAUACGACAAGAAAUAUGAGGGUUUUGUUGAUUUGAAAUUGCGAGGAGCUUGUGAUGAAAGAGAAAUGCAAAGAAUGACUUAUUGUGCUGCUGCUUGUGUAUAUAAGCCUUUAAACUCUCGGCCAAACAUGAAACAGAUAAUUGAAAUUCUUGAAGCAACUACGCCUUUAAAGGAGAGGAUAUCUCUUCAUGGAGGUAGUCGUUUUGAUCUACAGUCUGUACUUGGCAUUGAAAGCAAACAAAUUACUUCACCAAGAAUCUUUACUUAUGAAGAACUAGCAAGGGCAACAGCUCAUUUCUCUAACAAAAACUUGCUUGGCGAGGGUGGUUUUGGUAUAGUUUUCAAGGGAUCACUUGUAACUGGUGAAAUUGUUGCAAUUAAGAAGCUUAAACAUGUUGGUGAAGAGCAGAGCAAAAGUAGUGAGUUUGAGAAAGUGAUUAUGGACAUGAGCCACAUCCGUCAUCGAAAUCUUGUCAAGCUGAUUGGAUACUGCAUCGAAGAAUUCAAUAGAUUGGUUGUUUAUGAGUUUGUUCCCAACAAAUCCUUGGGAUUUCAUUUGCAUGCUGCAGGAAAUAUCAGGAUGACUAUGGAUUGGUCAACUAGAAUGAGAAUCGCCAUGGGUGUCGCAAAAGGAUUGACAUAUUUGCAUGAAUGGUGUCAGCCUAAGAUCAUACAUGGAAAUAUUAAAGUGGCUAACAUUCUUCUUGAUUAUAGUUUUGAACCAAAGAUUUCAGAUUUUGGAUUAAGCAAAAUGAAUGUGGAUCUUUCAAAUUCUUAUAUUUCCAGAGUCAACUCGGAAGGAAGUUCAGGGUAUUUGGCUCCUGAAUAUAUCAAUGAUAGGAAGCUAACUGAUAAGUGCGACGUCUUUUCUUUUGGUAUCGUGCUUCUAGAAUUGAUUACUGGGAAAAAAGCUAUUAAAAAUGAAGGCGGUUUUCAUAAUAGAUUGUCUACUUUGGCAGUGCCCCUGAUCAAACGAGCAUUGGACAAAGGCGAUUAUAAUGUUAUUAUUGAUGAAAAAUUACAAAGCUAUAAUAAAGAUAAAAUGGUUAGGAUGAUUCAUUGUGCUGCAUCUUGUGUGUACAAGCCUGCAGAUUAUCGCCCACAAAUGAGCCAUAUUGUUCAAGUGCUAGAAGGGAAUGUCCCGGUGGAAAGCAUAUGGUUAAGGAAUGACAGCACUUUCCUUUUCCAUGGGGCACCGUAUGUACCACAUAACUAUUGACAUCUUAGAUUUAAAACUCUACUUAAGGUCAGCAGAUUUGACAAGGCUUCUCAGUUGCAAUUUAUAGCCCUCUCGCUCUCUCUUCAUGUAUUGCCUCUUCUAUAAAGAAAAAGAUUGUACCUGAUGAAAUUUGAAUCCUGUACAUAUGAAAAUGAAAGCAAGUCUUCAUAAA